UGGAAUUCCUGGCCUGAACCAGCGCCAUGGAAGGUUCUAGCCAGGUGAGCCCCUUCAAUCCAGGCCAGUUAUAUGCCGGUGGAUCGACAGUGACAGUGGAUGUAGACGGCACCUUGGUACCGGUGAAAAUCGAUGCCUACUACGGGCCUCAGCCGACGCGAGUGGGCGGACAGGAUGCGGGACCCAACGACAACCUCCCGCUUCCAAUCUUUGCAACUGAGAAUGGUAUCAGCGGCACUCACAAGAAGUGGAGCGAAUGUACCGCGACGGAGCAGAAACUGGCUGUUUACCAGGCUGCCAAGAUCAGCAAGCUGCGACAAGACUACGCUGCAGAUUUGUUCCAUCGCUUGAGCUGGGAGAAACAGCUGGCUGAACUCAAGGCUCUCCGCACCUAGCAGCUAAGGAUGUGCCAUGCCAGCAGCUGAUUGGAAACUGUAGCUACAAAGCUACAUGGUUUUGUCUGACAAUUUCUGGGACAACUCCCUGAAUCCACUGGUUCAUCAUGUUGCUUC